AUGAACAUAAGUAGUUUCUAUUCGGGUUAUGGUCUGUAUCGGUGCGAUCUGUCAAAGCCCUCAUCGAGUAGUAGCCAAAAGUGCGGACCUCUGAAGCCGUGUAAAGCGAAACCCCGUUUCUAUAUCUACCGACCCGUCGGUCUCGUCCAACACCACCCAAACCGUUGGCCGCAACAGCUGUUCGCACCCAUAAUGGGACAGAAAGUGAGCUCAAUUAAGUCGCCCAUCAAUCGGGACAACUCGUCGUCCAUUGUCUCGCGAACCAAAGACCUUCUGGACAGCGCCCGUCCGGCGAGACUGGAUCUGCUGCUGGAUAUGCCCGCAGCUAACUAUGAGACACAGUGUAAACACGGCUGGAGUGCCGACGACCGGUCGCUCAACAUAUUCGUCAAAGAGGACGACCCGACAACCUUUCACCGGCAUCCGGUCGCUCAGAGCACCGAUUGUAUUCGCGGUUGUGUCGGCUACACUCGCGGCAUGCACUUGUGGCAAAUGACCUGGAGCACUCGCCAACGGGGCACCCAUGCCGUGGUCGGUGUGGCCACCAGCGAAGCCAAUCUCCACACCAACGGCUAUCAGUCGCUGGUCGGCGCCAAUCAGGAGAGCUGGGGCUGGGAUUUGGGCCGCAAUAAGCUCUACCACGACCUGAAGAAUAGCCCGGGAGUGACCUAUCCGUCGGUGCUGUCCAACGACGAGUCGUUUGUAGUGCCCGACUCUUUCUACGUGGUGCUGGACAUGGAUGACGGCACCCUCUCAUUCGUGGUCGACGGCCAGUAUCUGGGCGUCGCCUUCCGCGGCCUUCGCGGCAAGAAGUUGUACCCAAUCGUGAGCUCAGUUUGGGGUCACUGCGAGAUCACCAUGAAAUACAUCGGAGGACUCGAUCCGGAACCGCUACCACUUAAAGACAUUUGUAGACUAGUUAUACGUCGAGAGGCAGGAAAGUCGAGAAUAUCGAAGUUGUCUGAAGAGCUGAGUCUUCCGAAAGCGAUCACCGAUUAUCUGCUCUAUCAGUGAAAUAAUGUCCUCUAAAUCUCGUCUAUAAAUAAGUGCCUCAUUAUUAUUAUAUCGGAUACGAAAAACACACAAAACAACUCAUUAUUUGCUACCUAUUAUUGCUAUAAUUCUGUAUUAAUAUUAUUGGAUAAACAAAUUUCUAUUACAUUUCCUUAAAAUCUAUCAUCUCUUCAACAAAAUAAAUACAAUUUA